AUGUCGUCUGAUCUUGACAAGCAAAUCGAACAGUUGAAGCGAUGUGAAAUCAUCCCAGAGGCGGCAGUCAAGGAGCUCUGUCUCAAGGCCAAGGAGAUUCUGAUGGACGAAGGCAACAUUCAAUAUGUCGACAGCCCCGUCACUAUCUGUGGUGAUAUCCAUGGUCAGUUCUUCGACCUCAUGGAGCUCUUCAAGAUUGGUGGCCAAUGUCCAGAGACGAACUAUAUCUUCAUGGGCGACUUUGUGGACCGCGGCUUCUACUCUGUAGAGACCUUCCUCCUCCUCCUAAUCCUCAAGGUUCGCUACCCGGACCGAAUCACCCUUAUCCGUGGCAACCACGAGUCGCGCCAGAUCACCCAGGUGUACGGUUUCUACGACGAGUGUCAAAGAAAAUACGGCAGCAGUAACGUGUGGCGCUACUGCACAGAUGUGUUCGACUUUCUCUCGCUCGCGGCCAUCGUUGACGGCCGGAUAUUGUGUGUCCAUGGCGGCCUCAGCCCGCAGCUUGGACGUCUAGACCAGAUCAGAGCAAUUGACAGGAAACAAGAAGUGCCGCACGAGGGUGUCUUUUGUGAUCUGCUGUGGUCAGAUCCAGACGACAUCCAAGGCUGGGGAAUGUCUCCUCGCGGCGCCGGCUUCCUGUUUGGCGGAGACGUGGUGGAAAGCUUCUGCCAUACAAACGACAUCGAGUUGAUCGCGCGAGCACACCAGCUGGUCAUGGAGGGCUACAAACUCAUGUUUGGCCAGAAGAUCGUGACCGUCUGGAGUGCGCCCAACUACUGUUAUAGAUGCGGCAAUGUUGCCUCAAUUCUCGAGCUGAACGAGGACUUGCGACAAGAAUACAAGGUGUUUGAGGCAGCACAGCCAGACGUCAAGUCUGUGCCUCAGAAACGUCCCCACAUGCUCGAAUAUUUCCUUUAG